AUGCCUGAAAUCAUAGAAAUUAUGAUGUCAUGGGAAAACUUAGUUUACGUGACUGCAAGUCGCAACUUGGUAAGUCAUAAAGUUUUUUUUAUAAGUCAUAACAUGGAAAAACCCAGUACAAUGUAUGGGAAGAAAACACUAAAACAUGUAGCAAAUAUGUCGUUGAAGACAUACCUGAAUGGAGGAUAA